AUCGCCAUAUCCAACACUCUCCGAUGCAGUGUUUACGCCUGAAGACGAGGUGGAAAUUCUCCAAUCCCUCGAGCAAGCAACCAUGUCUUCCAUUACCGAUACGGCGCGCUCUGCAACAACCGCGCUGCCCCGGCUCCCGCAAAUUCUCCUCGAGGCGCGCAGAGGAUCCCGACAACCAGCCUGAGCGGCCGGACGAGAGUUUCGAGCAACUCAUCGCGAGAUUUGGUCAUCCUGGGAAAUGGCCCAAAGACCAAAUAUUCAAAGCUUCAAAGAACGAGACCCUGACGAACGAGCUGGAGCGAUAUUAUUCUCGGGUUCAGAUCUUCCCCAUCCUUCCCUUGCCCUUUCGUGGACCCAUGCCCAGACUCCUCAUAACUUAUAAAGAGCCAAUGUCGAAGGAAACAAUUGGGCGCUGGCGGCGUGCUAUAUGGCUAUAUAGGAUUGCAUGGCUGGUUGGGAUUGGCUAUCUCAUCAAUACCUACAUUCUCUCCGACUCAACUAAUUCCAAAGGACAUGCAAUCUUCGACGCCCCAAGAUUCGUACCAUUCUCUAUCGUCGCCAGAGAAGAUGUCUCUCCCACAAGCUUUAUUCUCACCCUUCGACCCUCCCACGGUGUAAAACCAGGCGUGGAUCCAUAUGCGGAUGAGUGGGAUAAGGGGACCUGGUCUGUAGAAUUUAAACAACCACAGUUGCAAAUUGCUAGAUCAUAUACACCGUUACCACCAAACUCUGAUGUUCAAGACCCGGGUGACCUUCGAUUUCUUAUACGCAAAGAGCGGGGCGGAGAAGUGUCGAAUUACUUGGCUCGACUUCCUGUUGGUGGGAAGGUUGAAAUAAGGGGCCCGCAUCCAGAAAUCGACCUCCCAAGAGAUAUAACGGAUGUUGUAUUUUUGGCUGGUGGGACAGGUAUUGCUCCAGCAAUGCAAGUUGCAUAUACGCUGCUUGACAAGAGAACUGGAGAUGAGAGGCCAAGAAUACAUAUCGUGUGGGCAAAUCGGAAACGGGAGGAUUGUGUUGGGGGUGUGGACUCGUCUUCUGCGGGGAGUUUAACGGAAGAUCCACUUCAAUCAACUGGCACUAUUGUAAGGGAGUUACAGAUGAUGCAAAAUAGCCAUCCAGAGCACCUAAGCGUGGAUUAUCUUGUCGACGAGGAAGGGACCUUUCUAGAUCAAACGAAGAUAUCUGCGCUCACGACGGGGAUAUCACAGAGCAGUGCAAGCACUGGCUCGAAGCUCAUCUUUGUCUCUGGGCCAGAGGGCUUCAUCAAUGUCCUAGCCGGGCCGAAGAAAUGGGAGGACGGGGAGGAGAAGCAGGGAGAAGUGGGCGGGGUAAUUGGACGGAUGGGAGUAACGGACUGGAAAGUCUGGAAACUGUGAAGUUAAGUCUGGACGUCGUUCCUAUUUUACAUGUAUGAUAAAUAAUAUGUACAAUAUAUGUUCGCUAUGGUCACGGAGGGUAGAUGCCUUGGCUUCAGAUUCCCAGGAAGUCUGUAUCCAUCUCUUCAAGUAGCAUGCUGGGCGCAAGAAAUGAAUAACAAGCUCGUGAUGGGAAUGCCUUCAACUCGG